CUAAAUCGUCACGAGCCCCCACCAAUCUUUAACCCCAAAACAUUUGCACAGUAAACAUGAGGAGGAGGCGUGGUGUUGCAAAUGAGUACUGAACUCAUGCAGAAUGGGACAAGCUAAUAUGGAUCAGCCCGCCCUUGGCGUGAUGCUAUAUAAAGCCUACCCUGUGUCGAGGGAAGAUAAAAUGGACCCUCUGAUAGCAGAGCACAGUGUAGCGGUGUUGGACAAACUGCGUCAGCACAGACAAAAUGGACUCUUCACAGAUGUCACACUCACCGUGGGGAAAACUGUCUUCCCGGCACACAGGAACGUCCUGUCUGCAUCCUGCCCGUACUUCGAGGCGCUGUUCUCGUCCCAGAUGUCGGAGAGUCGGUCUGACAACAUCCCCAUAACCUUCACCAGUCCACAGGCCAUGGAGGCCAUCCUGGACUAUCUGUACAUAGGUAGAAUCGAGGUCGCGCCUGACAAUGUUGAGGAGGUGUUGAUGGCCGCCGACCAGCUCCUGCUAACUAACCUGAAAAACAUCUGCUCGGAGUUCCUGCAGCAGAACCUGACCAUCAAAGACUGCCUGUACAUCAAGGUGCUGGCAGAUCUGUACGGUCUGGAGGAACUCUUCCAGAGGGCCAGCAAGUUUAUACAGGACUAUUUUGACGCAGUGAUCUGUAAUGACGACAUGAUGUUAGCCUCUUUCGAAACCAUUCUGGAGCUAAUCUCAGACGACAAGGCGCGGGUCCUUAAGGAGGAGUCUGUGUUCGAGACUAUCGUCAGAUGGACGGAGUACGACCUGACCAACAGGAAAGAGUACUUUCCCAAACUGAUGGGCCAGGUCCGACUGGUUCAGCUGGAUGAGAAGUACCUGCUGGAGACGGUACAGAACCACCCCCUGGUGAAGGACUGUAAGGAGUGUAAGGAGUAUCUGUACGAACUCAUGAGGUCUUACGUCAUGUCAGAGAUCGACCCCAAAACAGAGAUGUCCGGCAGUGUCCGCCUGAAACCUCGCCAAGGUCGCCUGACCAAGGUCGUAUUGACGGUGGGAGGGGAGUCAGCGGAAGGUUCUAUGAAGACAGUGAACGGGUUUGUUAUUGAUGAGAACCGCUGGGUGGCGCUGCCGGACCUGCCGAUGCCUGUGUUCGGCCACGCCAUCGCCCUGCUGGACGGGUGUGCGUACGUCGUCGGCGGGACCUGUGCACGAUCUGUCUACAAAUACGACCCACUGAACAACUGCUGGUCCUCCGUAGCUGAGAUGAACAUCCCUCGCCUACUGCUGUCCGUAGCGGUCUGCGACAGACAGCUGUAUGCAAUAGGUGGUUGUAUCUCCUCGGAGAUGUUUCUGGACUCCGUGGAGGUGUAUGACCCGCAGGAGGAUGAUUGGCAGCUGAUCGCCAGCAUGCAGACCCCCCGCUGUCUCACACAGUGUGUGGCCAGGGACGAGAGGCACAUCUACACUGUCAGUGGAUGGAGGGGCGGGACCAACAUCAGUAAUGCCUUAGAGAGAUAUGACCUGAGAGAUGACACCUGGUCACUGCUGCCUCCAUAUGAGGAACCAUUUCCCAUCAUUCCCCACAUCAUGUUGCUAGGCAACAGCAUCCACAUGACCUUCCUGGGUCAGAAGGUACUUCAUUUCAACACAGAGGACAACACGUGGAAAGUGUCAAAAGAGCUUGUCCCUGCCAUACCACGUGAACCCGGUAGGAGGUACCCUGCUGCAUGUAUGGACAGCGGGGACCUGUUUGUGUGCGGAGGGAGAACACGUGAUAAGUUACUGGAUACGGGAUUCCUGUAUGUUGGCGCCGUGAAGGAAUGGUACUCCAUCGCAAAAAUGGAUAAACCAACCACAGGCGCAGUGUGUACAGUCACCCCCGUCCCGUACGAGUUUGUGAAGGCGUCAGACACACCCAAACCUACAGAGAAGGCUUCUCAGACAGACACAGCACAGGGAAAAGGAGAAGAGAGGGAAGAAGAGACACCAGAGGGGGCUGGAGAACAUGAGGAAGAGGCGGGGGCCGUGGGAGGGGGGCCUCAACAAUGAACUGUGCUGUGUAUUUUCUACUAUCAACAUACCGUUACAUAGACUAUUUAUGGAGAAUUCAAACUGUUCACCAACAAAGACAGAAUUGGCCAUUGACUCUAUGAAAUUUUUGGUUGAAGUCCUCAGUGCUCUUCAGCUAUCUUAUCAGUGAAUAUGAAUAAAUACAAGUAUGAGGGUUAAAGGUUUUUCUGAGUUGAUAUCGCUUCUGUCCCAAGUGUCAAAAAUUCUGGUGAGUCUAGUUUUUUGCAUUACUGUUAAGUCUGCAUAUUGUAAUUUACCAACUUAGAUGAACCUUCAUGCUAAAAUACAGAGAUUAAUCCAAGCUCCUUGAGAUGGACAAGCUUUCAUGACAAUGAAUAUUUCAUCAAUGUUAAGAUUUAGUUAUGUUUUUAUCUUGCUGACUACUUAAUAAUGUGUAUAUAGCUUUACAUUAAUCUCUCUCUCUAUAUAUAUCUAUAUAUAUAAGAUGUAAACAAAUGAAUAAUAUUUAUAUAACAUGGAGUUGAAAACGAGAUGAAGACGUGCAGGUGAGAAGUUAGGUACAUGUAUAUGAUACGAAGCAGUCAUACUAUGGGACAAGAAAUGAUGCUGUGUUUGCAAAUAUUUGAUGGUGAGGACUUUGCUAUGUGCUGCUUGUAAGUUGACUGAAAGUACAGAUGUGUUAAGCCAAAUGGAAAGAUUGGGAUUGAAAGAGAAGUCUACAAUCAUCUUUAUGAUACUACAUGGUGAGAUCCUUCUGGUAGGAUUACCAAAAAUGUCUUUAUUCUGAUAGAUUUCUUGUACAAAUUAUUCUUCAUUAGAAUAACAAUAAAAGGUCUGUAUUCCUUGGUCAUUUAUCAGUAGUCUAUGGUGUUGAAUUCAGAGACUUUGUGGUAUGUAAGUAUUCCUUUAACCAAUGGUAGAACAGUAAUUAGCAGUUCGGCCAAUAAUAAUGUCAGACCGGCUGCUUGUCCAACAUAUAUAAGCAUUUUAAUGUUCUAUUUUGCAUUUCUACAGUGUGACUAAGGGGGGGCAGGGCUAUGGCAUGCCAUCGGUCUACACUUCACAUCCAGACAUUAGUAUAUAUGAGUACACUUGCAAUAUAUACAAUUCUUGUUAAAAGUAACACUUUAGAUUCCUGUCAAUUAAUUAUUUUUGGCACAACUGACAGGAUGUUUGUGUCAAUACAACUUUAAAAAGUCAGUAAGAUUUUUUUUGGCACAAUUGAAAGACUGUUCCUCAUGAUUUUGUCAACCUUAACCCUGAGGAUAAUCCUGUAAUGCAAAAAUAUGACUUAUUUACUAUCCUGAGCAAGAACUUGGACAAAGAAUUCACAAGAAUAAUAAAAAUUGUAUGUUUCUGGC